CCCUCCUCUUCACAAACCACUCACACUCUCUCUCUCUCUCUCCACUCCUCGCCAAAUUCAAAAACCUUCCUCUGUCUCUGUCUCUCUCUCUCUCUAAAAUGGCUCUAUCUGUUUCAUCGCUCUGCUUGUUCAUCUUCUUCUUAGCUUCUGUCUCUCUUGCCCUCUCGGCCAGACCCAACAGUAACAGUUCUAACAGCCACUCACUUUCCCUCUCCUUCCCUCUUACUUCAAUCCCUCUCUCCACAAAUGUCUCUGAUAGGCUUCUCUCUUCUUCUCUCCUUGCAAGUUCCCGGCCAAACCCAAAGCCGGCGGCUUCGCCUUUUAAUGUCAAGUCGUCGUUUAAAUACUCCAUGGCUCUGAUCGUCACUCUUCCUAUUGGGACUCCUCCGCAGGCUCAGCAAAUGGUUCUAGACACCGGAAGCCAACUCUCGUGGAUUCAGUGUAACAAGAAGACUCCGGCGAAGCCUCCUACGGCGUCUUCCUUUAACCCGUCUCUCUCCUCCACUUUCUCUGUUCUCCCCUGUAACCACCCCCUGUGUAAGCCCAGAGUUCCCGAUUUUACCCUGCCCACCUCCUGCGACCAGAACCGCCUCUGCCACUACUCGUACUUCUACGCCGACGGGACUUACGCUGAAGGCAAUCUCGUCAGAGAAAAAUUCACCUUCACUCCUUCCUCCGUCAGUACCCCUCCGCUCAUCCUCGGUUGCGCCACCGAGACUAGCGACUCCAAGGGUAUUUUGGGAAUGAACGUCGGCCGGCUCUCCUUCGCUUCCCAGGCCAAACUCACCAAGUUCUCGUACUGCGUGCCGACCAGACAGACCCGACCCGGAUAUCUCCCGACCGGGUCCUUCAUCCUCGGAAACAACCCGGCUUCUGCCGGCUUCCAGUACGUGCCCUUGUUGACCUUCCGUCAAAGUCAACGCAUGCCGAACCUGGACCCCUUAGCCUUCACCCUGCCAAUGCAGGGCAUUCGAAUUGGAGCAAAAAGGCUCAGCAUCCUCCCCUCUGUUUUCCGUCCCAACGCAGGCGGGUCGGGUCAGACCAUGAUCGACUCGGGAUCUGAGUUCACCUACCUGGUGGACGAGGCCUAUAAUAAGGUGCGGGAAGAAGUAGUGAGACUCGCAGGACCCAAGCUGAAGAAGGACUACAUGUACGGCGGAGUUUCCGACAUGUGCUUUGACGGCGACGCGAUGGAGAUCGGACGGUUGAUAGGCGACAUGGCGUUCGAGUUCGAGAAAGGCGUGGAGAUCGUGAUACCGAAAGAGCAGAUUCUCGCUGACGUGGGCGGUGGGGUCAAGUGCGUCGGAGUCGGACGGUCAGACAGACUCGGCGCAGCCAGUAACAUUAUCGGAAACUUCCAUCAACAAAAUUUAUGGGUAGAAUUCGACCUGGCCAAUCGCAGAGUAGGUUUCGGUAAGGCCGACUGUAGCCGAUCGGCCAAGUAGAAACCCAAAAGCCGAAAUGCCGUCAUGUACAAGUGUAUAACUUCAAACCAUAUCCCACGUGUUACCAUAAGAGCGAUGAUCCCUGUACACGUGUCGAGUAGAUCUAGAACUUGUCCUGAAUCGGAUGGUGGAGGGUUAAGGAGAAAAAGAAAGGCAUGGGUGAUGCGAAGAGUAAACGUCAAUCGUUUGGGAGGUGGGGCUUGGUGUUUGGUUCUACUAAUCUUAUUAUAAAAACGUGAUGAUGCAUAGAAGGUGGUAAUAAUAAUCAUGUACACUAUAGUUGGAGUGAGAGUGGUGUAUAUAUGAGGACUAGUAAAUAUGAUGAUAAUAUAUAUGUGUUCAUGAAUC